GCGGAGGAGGCAGAGAUCCCGGUGGGAAGGCAGAGGAGGGGCGGCCGGGCCCAGGGGCCCGGCCGGGGCUCUAUCUUGUGCUGACUGACAGCGUGGCCGGGAUUAGGUCCGGGACCGGAAUCGGCCCUGGGUCUGUGUCGGCCUGACCGGCCAUGGGGGAUCCCGGUGGCGGCGGCAGCGGCGGCGGCGGCGGCCGGGCCUGGUGCCUGCGGCGAGUGGGAAUGAGCGCUGGGUGGCUGCUGCUGGAGGAUCGCAGCGAGAUUACAAUUGGUCGAGGAUUCGAUGUCACAUACCAGCUGCUUUCAAAAAUUUGUCCAUUGAUGAUUUCUCGAAACCACUGUGUUUUCAAGCAGAAUGCUGAGGGCCAAUGGACAAUGAUGGACAACAAGAGUCUGAAUGGUGUUUGGCUGAACAAAGAACGCCUGGAACCUUUAAAGGCUUAUCCUAUUCGGGAGGGAGACCAAAUCCAGCUUGGAGUUCCACUAGAAAAUAAGGAGAAUGCAGAAUAUGAAUAUGAAGUAGUAGAAGAAGACUGGGACAAGAUCCACUUAUGUCUUGCCUUGAGGAACAAUAGGGCAGUAGUUAAGUGCUCAAGAACCAAAAGGAAAUGUAGUUUGGAGGAGUUGGAUAGCCCUGGAGCAGAGGGCUCUUCAAACUCCAGAACCAAAGUAAAUAAAGUGUCCCAUUACUAUGAGCAGUCAGGGAAGUCCUGUGGAAAAGCCGAAAUGUCCAAAGAGGCCCCUAAAAACACAGACCAAAAAUUGGCUUCUCCUGGACCAAGUAGGGAGAGAGUAGCAGAGGAUGACCUUCAGAAUAUUUCAGAAAAAGCAACAGUGCUGCAGAGCAAGGAGCACAAAGACCCCAGCUUGUCACAAUCUCAGAGCAGCUUGGACAUACUUAAGAAGACAAUGGCCAAGAUCCUCAAGCUGAAGGUGAAGGUUCAGGAGAAACAAGUGGCUGUUCUGAGUGUGAAGCAGCAGAGCCACAAGGGGACCCAGAAAGAGAUUGUGAAGAUGGAAGAGGAGCUUCAGGAGUUACAGGAUCAGCUGUUUACGGAGCAGGUCCAGCAACAGCAGAGAGUGGAGCAGCUAGAGAAAAAUUUUCAGGAGAAGGAGCAGCAUUUAGAGGGUUUGGAGAAACAGCAUGGGGAAAAGAACCUGAAGGAGCAGCUGGCACAAGCCCUGCAGGAGCAUCACAUUCUAAUGGAAGAGUUAAAUCGGAGCAAAAAGGACUUUGAAGCAAUUAUUCAAGCCAAGAAUAAAGAGCUGGAACAGACCAAGGAAGAGAAAGAGAAAGUGAGAGCACAGAAGGAAGAGGUUCUAAAUCAAAUGAAUGAUGUGCUAGAAAAUGAGCUUCAAUGCAUCAUUUGCUCUGAACACUUCAUUGAGGCUGUCACCUUGAACUGUGCCCACAGUUUUUGCUCCUACUGUAUCAAUGAAUGGAUGAAGCGAAAAGUGGAAUGCCCCAUCUGUCGACAGGAUAUCGAAUCUAAAACUCGCUCCCUAGUGCUAGACAACUGCAUCAACAAGAUGGUUGAGAAACUAAGCUCUGAAAUGAAAGAGCGACGAGAAAUUCUCAUUAAUGAAAGGAAAGUGAUAAUGAAGAGAAGAGGUGAAGGGGAGUUUAGCAGCCCCCAGAAGAAGCAGAAGAAAAGAGCCGCUGAGCUGGGCUUGACCCUCAGUUCUACAUCUGAUGAGGAAGCCCCUCCUUUUGGCAAUCAUGGCCCACAAGAGUCUUCCACAAGUCUAAGUGGAUCUGACAGUGAGAAUGAGGAGAAAAGACCUGUGUCUAGCUCCUUCAGCAAUGACUUCAAAGCUGACUCCCUUGUGGAGGGCACCUCCUCCCGUUAUUCCAUGUACAACAGUGUUUCCCAAAAGAUGAUGGCAAAGAUGGGCUUCCGAGAAGGUGAAGGUCUGGGCAAACAUAGCCAGGGUCGAAAAGACAUUGUUGAAGCCUCUAAUCAGAAAGGCCGAAGAGGCUUAGGGCUGACACUAAAGGGUUUUGACCAAGAACUCAAUGUGGACUGGAGAGAUGAGCCAGAGCCAAGUAUCUGUGAACAGGUGUCAUGGUUCCCAGAAUGCACCACUGAAAUUCCUGAUACCCAGGAAAUGUGUGAGUGGAUGACUGUGGGAAAGAGGAAGAUGAUAAUUGAAGAUGAGACCGAGUUUUGUGGGGAAGAACUUCUACACAAUGUCCUGAAGUGCAAGACUGUGUUUGAUGACUUGGAUGGAGAGGAGAUGCGUCGAGCCCGGACCAGGUCCAAUCCCUAUGAAAUGAUCCGGGGAGUCUUCUUCCUAAACAGAGCAGCAAUGAAAAUGGCCAAUAUUGACUUUGUAUUUGAUCGUAUGUUUACGAAUCCAAAAGACUCUUCAGGGAAUUCCCUGUUGAAGGACCGGAGUCCAGAGCUUCUGUACUUUGCUGAUGUGUGUGCAGGCCCUGGAGGCUUCUCUGAAUAUGUGCUUUGGAGGAAAAAGUGGCAUGCAAAGGGCUUUGGAAUGACCUUGAAAGGGCCCAAUGACUUCAAAUUGGAGGAUUUCUAUGCAGCUUCCAGUGAACUCUUCGAACCCUACUAUGGUGAGGGUGGAAUUGAUGGAGAUGGAGAUAUUACUCGACCAGAGAACAUCACAGCUUUUCGAAAUUUUGUUUUGGAUAACACGGAUCGCAAGGGUGUACACUUUAUGAUGGCUGAUGGGGGCUUCUCUGUAGAGAAGCAAGAAAAUCUGCAGGAAAUCCUCAGUAAGCAGCUAUUGCUAUGCCAGUUUCUUACAGGGCUGUCUGUUAUCCGCACAGGAGGCCACUUUGUCUGUAAAACCUUUGAUUUGUUCACACCAUUCAGUGUGGGACUCAUAUAUCUGCUGUACACCUGUUUUGAACGUGUGUCUCUUUUUAAACCUGUCACCAGCCGACCUGCAAACUCAGAGAGGUAUGUGGUAUGUAAGAGCUUGAAGUCUGGAAUUGAUGACGUGCGGGAAUACCUCUUCAAGGUAAACAACAGGCUCAAUCAGCUUCGGAAGAGUGAACUGGAUGUCAACCUUGUUGUUCCCCUGGAUGUGAUCAAGGGAGACCCUGAAUUCACUGACUACAUGAUCCGAUCCAAUGAGAGCCACUGCAGCUCACAGAUCAAAGCCCUGGCCAAAAUUUAUGCCUUUGUCCAAGACUCGACUCUUAGUGAACCACGCCAGGCAGAAAUCCGAAAAGGCUGCCUUCAACUUUGGGGGAUUCCAGAUCAAGCCAGAGUUGCUCUCUCUUCUUCAGAUCCAAAGUCUAAAUUUUUUGAAUUAAUAAAGGGCACUGAUAUUGAUAUCUUUAGCUAUAAGUCUACUCCACUCAACAACAAAACCCUGGAUAAGAUUCGCUGUGUUCUGGACUACCGCUGCAUGGUGUCAGGGAGUGAGCCGAAGUUUCUCAUUGGCUUAGGGAAAUCCCAGAUCUACACGUGGGAUGGCCGCCAGUCAGACCGCUGGACAAAACUGGACCUCAAGACAGAGCUGCCCCGGGACACACUGCUCUCAGUGGAAAUUGUUCAUGAACUGAAAGGCGAGGGCAAGGCUCAGCGGAAGAUCAGCGCGAUCCACAUCCUUGAUGCACUGGUGCUGAAUGGCCACGAUAUUCGGGAGCAGCAUUUUAACCAACGGAUUCAGCUUGCUGAGAAGUUUGUAAAAGCCGUUUCUAAACCCAGUAGGCCUGACAUGAACCCCAUCAGGGUAAAGGAGGUGUACAGACUAGAAGACAUGGAGAAAAUUUUUGUCAGGUUAGAAAUGAAGGUCAUCAAGGGAUCACAUAAUAUGCUGCGACUAAGCUACACCGGACGGGAUGAUAGACAUUUUGUGCCCACUGGCCUUUACAUUGUCAGGACUACGAAUGAACCCUGGACCAUGGCAUUCAGCAAAAGCUGUAAGAGGAAGUUUUUCUUCAACAAGACAACAGGAUUUUCUACCUAUAAAAUGCCUCUGGAUGCCAUCGCUCCAUUUCACAUCUGCUACUAUGGACGCCUCUUCUGGAAGUGGGGCGAUGGUGUCCGAGUACAUGACUCUCAGAAGUGCCAGAAUCCUGAGGAAUUGUCUAAGGAUGACAUCCUCUCCUUCAUUCGGGUACACAGUGUCUGAGGAUCCAGCCCAGGAGAUCAUGGCCACCCCUGAGGACCCUUGGCUACUGUCUGAGGAAGGAGGGAGGGGGCUGAUUGUUCUGUUUGGAGCAAGAUAACAGUCAGCAGAUAAGACAGGUCUCUUCCUCCUUAGAGGAGAGAGUGGCAUUCAGUGCACAUCAAGGACAGGGUCUAUGACCCUUUCACCCCUGCUUAUCCUGGGUUAUAUCCUUCCCUUCCCCUAGAACACUUGUGAGUAUUAGGGAGGAGCUAAGGAAGUUGGCAUUGGUUUUGCUCCUGGUGCAGCCCUUUCAAUUCCCAUCUCCAGGAGGACAUGAUGGGAACUUUCUUGUCCAGGGGUGGUAUGACCUAGAAUGUUUGGAUCAUUAAAGGGUCAGUUCCUGGGUAUGUUGGCUGGCUUGGGGGCAGAGGUGGAUUUUUAAGGAGCCUGAUGAGAUAUUGCUGAAGCCUCAGAGCUCCUGGAGUUUAUUGCACGUCUCUUUCUCUGAUCAUGGCCUCCUGUUUGGGUUUUUCUGGGAGUCCUUCACUUUCUACCAAGUAGCUGAGCUACUCGGGGAGGGUGAUGGGCAGAGGAAGAAAGACUAUGACUGUUAGACACAAAAGUCCUUAUAUCUACCCCUUUCCCUUGACAGCCCUUAGAACCUGAUCGCUGACAUAUUUUUUCCUUUUUUUUUCCCCCCACCUCAAUGUGAAUAUCCAUUAGAGUAUCCAGAGCCUUCUUUCUACAACUGCCUCCUACUCCUUCCUUACUUCCAGUCCAAACUGAGUAAGACAGCUCUUAAAAAUUGAAGUAGCUGCCAAAUGUUGCCCAGCCAUCUUGUCCAAGAAACAGUGGUUCUACUUAUACUUUGGAAGAAUAUCUUUUAACGUGAAUGAAGGGAUCAGGCCCGUAGAAGUCUCUAUGGGAUACUCUCCUGCCAUAAUUUGAUGCUCAGCAUGGGGGCUUGAUCUAGGUCUCUAUGUGUUGCCAAAGAGAAGAUGCUGAAGGCUUUGAGUGGAGUUUCUCAGGCCUGAGAUCAUCCCCUUCCCCUGGUUCCCCCCCCAAAGAAAAGAUACAACUUGCUUCCAUGUUUUCUCCUAACAUAGGGGUUAGAGACCCUAGGUCCUCAGUGGAAGAAGGAAGCAUGUCUAUUUGAUGAGAAAAACAUCAUUGCUCAGAACUGAUAAUAUAGUUCCCUCUGCCUUCCCUGGGUCCAGGCUGGAGGGCCAGAAGUCAAGAUUCCCUUUGUUGGGGCUUGUUUCUAUGAUGAUAGGCAGAAAGUUGCAGGGGGGUGGGGGAAAUGUCUCCACUGUGUCCAUGGGGUGGACCAACAGUCUUCCUCUAUCCUGCAUUUUUAGUAGUAGCCCUUCCUACAAAGGUAGUUUAUUUUCAUCCAAUACAGGGUUAGGGGUGUGUGUAUGUGUCUCAUGGCGCCUUGGAUCAUUAAAGGAAAAAGAUAUUUUUAAAAC